UACCCUGUUCAGAGGAUUAGGGCAAGCAUACACACACAGUAAACACACACACACACACACUUAUAAACACAUACACACACUUCUACAUACACAUUCAGGUGGCUCCCUAAAAGAUUUAACAGUGUUUUCUAAUAGGAACUGUCGUAAAACUAUAGAAAAUUUACUGAAGACCACCCUGAACUGCGGAUCACUUGGGAAUAUCUCGGAAUAUCUGAAAAUACUUGGGAUUUGGUGGAUACACAAGGCCGAACUGGACCCAUGGCUCUGCUGAGAUCAGGCUGGCUCUGGCGGCAGUCCUCGUACCUGAAGCGCUGGAAGCUGAACUUCUGUGACCUGUGGAUCGACGGCAGCCUGGUGUUCUAUAAGACAGACUCCAGGAGGGAGUAUGAGACCAGGGUUAGUCUGAAGAGCACCUGUGUGGAUGUAAAGUGUGGCCUGGAGUGUGCAGGCGUGACUCCACCUGAGAGCCACCCUAGAGAAAACCUGCUGGUGGUCCACCUAAAGGACGGCUCCUCCGUGUUCCUGUGCUCCAACAGUGAGGACGAGGCCCUGGCUUGGAAGCUCACAAUCAUGGAAGCAAGAAGGAAUCCUGUCUAUGUAUAUGAUCCCUGCGACGACUCCUACCAGUCUGUUCCUGUUGGCGCCCACAAUGCAGUUUACGUCACGCCGGGCAGCGGAGGUAUGCACCACGUGUACGUGCACAGAGAGCGGUAUGACGAGGGAAUUGGAGAGUCGAUAGCGCUGGGGCUGCUGGCAGGCAUGGCUGCGGGGGCUGCGCUGCGCUCUUUCAUGUGGAUGCCUUUCUGGUUCUGCUGACAAACUCACCGGCAUGAAGGCAGCCACUGUGCUCUCUGGAUCUCCAGCUAAAGCCAGAUCCUGAGAGGCUGCACUAGACUAAACCUGGGCUCAUCCUGAUCACGCUUCCUUAGACCUCAGUCAUCCUUUAUCUCAGACCCAUAAACAUCAUGUAAGAGCAGUGUGAACUUGUGUGAAUGGGAGAGGAGUGAUGAAGAACACAAAAACAUGGCGUCCAAUACUUUCAUAGGUUAUAUUAUAUUGUAUACAGUGUACUGCUUUGACUCUGGAACACAAUAAAUUGACCGUGGAUCUUUAUUUAUAAAUCUGAGGAUGAUUAUGUUAUCUGGGAGCAUAGGAUCACUUUGUAGUUCUAGAAUUACUGACUAUAGUCCUGUUUCUAAUUCUAACUCAGAAUUAUAAAUCGCUAAAUACUUUUUUUAUCCUUCUUUCAUCCUGUUCUUCAACACUCAGGACCACCACAGGCCCAAAAAGUUCAGCAACCAAGCUGCUGGUUACCUAUUUAAAUUUAGAGCAUCAUAUGUCUUCAGAACAGGGUCAGGUGAUGCAGCAAUUAUUAUUAUAUUAUUAUUAGCAAUUAUUAUUGUCCAAUUCUGAAAUUCUUUUAUUAGGUUGGUACCACUUUAAAAUAAGACUACCUUUAUAAAGGGUUUAUAAAUGGUUUACAAUUAGUUUAUUAAUGGUUACUAAUUAGGUUGUAAAUGCCUUAAAAAUCAUUAAUAAUCAGUUAUAACACAUACGUAGAAAGGGCAACAACGACCUGUUGUUUGUUAUAUAGUGAACCCACAGCCAUCUAUAUUGUUGCCCUUUCUACGUAUGUGUUAUAACUGAUUAUUAAUUAUUUUUAAGGCGUUUACAACCUGAUUAGUAACCAUUAAUAAACUAAUUAUAAACCCUUUAUAAAGGUAGUCUUAUUUUAAAGUGGUACUAUUAGGUUUUAUUUACUUUUUCAGUUCCACCUUAAAUGCUGCAGCUUCUUCCUUCUUAUUGCACUAUUUAAGGUGGACUGGGAAAGUUAGCUAGCUACUGAGAAGGACUACUAGUGAUUUCUAUUGCAAAUUAUAAAGAAAAUAGCCAUAAAACUGUUAAAUUACUCAUUAAUGCAUAUCAUUAAUGCUAACAUAUUGGUUAUAUUUUUUGUGAGAUGGUUAAAAACUCUAGCAGCACUGCUGUAUCUGACCCACUAACACCUCAUACACCACCACCAUGCUAAUCAGUGCUAAUCACUGCAGUGCUGAGAGUAAUAAUGACCCACCAACCAAAUAAUAAUAAUAAUAAUAAUAAUAAUGUAACCUGUAAUGGGGUUAUGGUGAGUGAAGCUGGCAGUGUACUCUUGAGGCUCUCCAGUAGAGGGAGGUAGUGCACUACAAAUGUCUUAAGGCUUGCAGGCUUUGGUUUAAGUCUCGUGAGACUUUGUUUAACUCUCGUUUGGUUAGAAGCGUGCAGCCGCCAUUUUUAAAAAGCUCGUGGGAUCUUGCCCAGCGAUCUUUUUGGCUCACUGCCAGGGAUAUGUGCAGGUAGCACGGAGGGCUGAAACUUCAGAGCAGCGUUUUUGGUACUUCAUUCGGUUGGUUUGGAGUGUGGUAGGGCUGGAGAAGUCAGCCGUUGUGCACCAGUGAAUCCGGUACACAUUGUGGGAGUCCAGAUACAGGUAUUUAAUAAUUGUUUUAACCUGUUUUGUGAAGUUAAGCUAGUAUGCCUUUGUGGCUAGUUUUAAAAAUAUGCACUUGUUUUACAGUGUGGAAUAAGAGCCUAUGUUGUAGUGAACUGCAGCCCUGUGUAUGCCGGUGAGCCAGUGUGCAUUGUGGAAGUCCAGAUACAGGUAUCUGAUGUUUCUGUUUAUUAUUUUGUGAGCUGCAGGUAAAAUUAAAUCAUACAGCAUGCUUAUUUGGCUGUUUUUUUUGUUUUAAAGCAGUAACAUCCAGUAGUGGACAGCAGUAACAAGGGAAGUGGAGCCCUUCCAAGGCAGAUAUAUAGAAUGUUUAGAAUAUAGGUAGGUUCAUGUUUUAAAUUAGUUUUAAUGAAAGAAAAGUUUUAGAGCUGUAAAGUGCUAAUGGUGUGCUUUCUCCUCUUUAGGAGUAUCCCUGGCCAGUGAAAAUUAAUUAUUGUUCUUUCCUUCCCCUUGAAACUUUUAAUAGUAAAAUAUAUUAAAGAUUGGGUUUUAAAGGUAGUAAACGUUAAUUGACUUGAGUGCCAAUUCUGUUUUAAAUUAAAAUUGCAUCACAUUCAAUUGAACCCGUUGGACAGUGUGGGGCCUGGUGGGAGGUGGUAUUAUUAUAAUCUCGUGUUAACUAAGCUGAGGUACAAGUCGUGAGGGUUCUCUUUUGGGGUGGAGUGUGUUUUUUUAAGUUAAUUUUGAAUUUGUUUGAUUUUGAGUUUGUUGUGUUGUCUAUUCUAUUUAUAUUAUUUUUUUGAAGUAUUUGGUUAUAAUUGAGCCCUUAAAACUCUUGUAAACUCUCGUUUAUUUUCUUUUGGGGUAUUAUACUACCAGUUUUCCCACGUUCAAGCUACCAGGCAAUUAAUUCCUUUAUUAACACUGCCAAUUGUGGAUUUUGGGUCAAUUCUUGUGAGCAAACGAGUUGUUGUUUUUUUUUAUUUUUAUUUUAGAUUUUCUAAUAAAGACACAUUGUGAAACGUCA